AGUCCCAACAUUUCCUCACUUUACUCAAACCCGCGCACACCAUCCCACCAGUGACUGCGCGCGGUGCCAGGACGCACACACACACUUACACUCACUCACUCACUCACACACACACACACACACACGCUCGCUGAGUCUGCGAACUGCAUGUGCACGAGCUGCGGAUUUCCUCUAUAAUGUUGGGCGCAGUGAAAAUGGAAGGACACGAAACUCCAGACUGGAGCAGCUACUAUAAUGAUGCACAAGAGGUCUAUUCUCCCAUGACGAACACCAGCAUGAACGCUGGGCUGAGCUCCAUGAAUAAUAUGAACAGUUACAUGGGCAUGUCCACAAGUGGAAAUAUGACUUCCAGUUCUUUUAACAUGUCCUACGCGAACCCAGCGCUGAGUGCGGGACUGAGCCCGGGCACCAUGGCCGGGAUGCCUCCGGGUGCCACCGGCGCCAUGAACGGGAUGAGCGGCUGCGUGUCGACCAUGGGCACCGCGCUCAGCCCGUCCAACCUGAACGCCAUGACGGCUCAGCACAGCUCCAUGAACGCGCUGAACCCGUACUCCAGCAUGAGUCCCACCAUGAGCUCCAUGACAUACGCGCAGCCCAACCUGAACCGGGCCAGAGACAACAAGACUUUCAGGAGAAGUUACCCGCACGCCAAGCCGCCCUACUCCUACAUCUCCCUCAUCACAAUGGCUAUCCAGCAGGCACCCAGCAAAAUGCUUACCUUAAGUGAGAUUUACCAGUGGAUAAUGGACCUGUUCCCCUACUACCGUCAGAACCAGCAGAGGUGGCAGAACUCCAUCAGGCACUCGUUGUCUUUCAACGACUGCUUCGUCAAAGUGUCCCGGUCGCCCGACAAGCCGGGAAAAGGCUCCUACUGGGCUCUGCACCCUGAUUCUGGGAAUAUGUUUGAGAAUGGCUGUUACCUGCGAAGACAGAAGCGCUUUAAAUGCGAAACAAAGUUGACAGACGGAAAGAGGUCAGACGGAAAGCGAGAGCAGUCGAGCGGCUCGGGCUCGCCGGCCAGCGACAGCCCCAGCACCAAACCUUCCCACAUGGACUCGAGCUCCAUAACCUCCUCGAACCAGUCGUCCAGUCCUCCCAGUUUGGACCACAGGAGCGGUAGCACCGCCAGCUCUGAACUGAAGAGCACCGGCCCACAGGUGCACCCCGUGUCCACGUCCCUGUCCUCGCUGCACUCAAUGGCCCACGAACCCCAGCUGCACCUCAAAGGAGACCCCCAUUACUCCUUCAACCACCCGUUUUCCAUCAAUAAUUUAAUGUCCUCUCCAGAGCAACAGCAUAAACUGGAAUUGAAUUGA